AUGACGCCUUCGGACCAGCCGCCCGCUUACCCCGACGAGCCGCCGCCUACUUACAGUCUGGCUACAUCUAAGGACCCAGAGCCGGUCCGCACCCCAGUGGAGAAGGAGAGCGCCGAGAAAGUGUGGAAGACGCUGGCAUUCCAGUACAAUGUCCUCAGUCUCCUGCGCCACCCGCCGUCGCUGACGCUUUUCUGUAAGGAGACGCCGAUGUGGACCACCGAACGUCUCCGCAUUGACCGCACCUUCAAUGGCAGGAACCUUAUGUUACUCCCCAAAAGUGUCUCGGUACCGUCGUGGAGCUGUCUGCUGCGGUACGAGAUCACGGGCGAUAACGGGGACCGUCUAGGCUACGUCGAGGAGUCGCUCAUCCCGCAAAGCGGACCGUACUACCCCACGGCGUGUAUUGACAUCUUUGACACUAAGCACGAGUUGAUCAUGCACUUAAACCCCAACCGUUCCGGGUGCCAAAACUAUAUGAGAGUCACUCAACAGGACGGCAGGCCCGGGUUGCAAUAUAUCGGCAGCACUCAGACGGUGGACGACAAGUUCAUCAUUGACGUUGACGUCAGAGACGGGUACCCUGUAUUCGGCAAAGCUCUCGAAGCGGAGUCAUUCAUGGUCCACACUGAUGAUGGUCCCCUUGAGAUCUAUCGCCAGCAGCGUUCUGACAGCGACGGCUACUUGAUAUGCACCCGCGUGAAACCAAUCAAACUCCGGGCGAACAUCGUGGCGUUCCUUCUAUACUUGGACUACGUGCGGCGGUUGGGUCGCAACCACUUCGACUCGGCACUUAAGCGGGACAUAAAGUCGGUGCGCAACCCGAGUAAAUAUGGGGGCAAGCGUGCGGUGUUGGGGCGGUGGAUCGACCGGGUGCCGCUAUAA